UGGUGGAACGGACGGAACAGAUCUUUCACAGUCAGUUUUUGCUUCUGAUACGCGACGGACGAUGCUAGUCGUGUCGCGAUGAACGAGUGUGUCAUGUGACACGCGAAACAAUAGUAUAUCUCUAUUUUGUCGCUGCACAUUUGACAGAACUGAUACGUAAAAAGAGAUAAUAAUACAAGAUAAAAAAAAGAUAAUACACGAAGAAAAAAAGAGAAACUUGAGUGUGCGUGAGUGCGUGUGUGCGUGCAUGUGUGAUUAGUUUGUAUGUGUUACCAUUAAUAUGCGUACUUGCGCGCGCGCGAGUGCUUUCAUAGCAGUAUAGUAGUUGUGUGCAGCCAUAUAUUGUAUGCUGGCGGAUUCCUUUCCCGUCCAAUUUCGGAAGUCUACAAGUCGUUCCAUUAGAGCGCACACAAUUAUGUUACCGGCUCAACACGGCAAUAGCAGCAACACCACUGCCGCCACCAUCAAUAAAUUCAACAACCUCGAUACCUUCAUAAGACAUUGGGCCGGAUUUUUUGCAAACGGUUAGACACAUCACCAGUAGCCCGUCGCUAUCUCAGACGAGACACACGGUGCUUCACGGCUUGUCCCGUGAUUCUUGCUAGGUUAUAGGAAUGAGGGAGCGGGUUUUCACGUGGGACUCGUGGUGGUGGUUAAUAGUUCUUCUCACUGCGGUGCACAUUACGGGUUCACAGGAUCUCUCUUCAGCGGGUUCGUCAACUUUUUUUACGGAAAAAACAUCACCAUCUUCGCGUCUAAAAUGCGCUGCGGGUUGCGAAUGCCUAGACAAUGGAAAAAGUCUAUUGUGUCGGGAACGAAGCUUCCUUGGACUUGGUUUGUCCAGAGAAACUACCAAUGUUGUGUUAAAAAACGUCAGAGCUGCUACCAUACCCGUUUCCGCCCUCGAAAUUGCAAUUCGUCUCAAGAGUCUGGCCUGGACUUCAAGUGGAAUCGAAAGAAUAGAAUCCGGCGUGUUCCUUGCUACAACGUUCCUCGAACAUCUCAACUUAGGUGACAAUAGGUUGACGGAACUACCGUCGGAUGUCUUCCAUCCGUUACAUCAACUACAGUACCUGAAUCUUACUGGAAACCAGUUGACUAUAAUCCCACGAGCAUUGUUUCAAAAUUUAAACCGACUUGAGGAGAUCGGCUUGUCGCGAAAUCGAUUGUCAAUACUUCCUUAUCAAUUAUUCGCUUCAGCCAAAUCGUUAACUCGCUUGGAUCUUUCCGAUAAUUUAUUGGUGUCCUUGCCAGAUCAUAGUUUCACGUUAAACAAAAACCUUCAAGAACUCAGCCUGGCUGGUAACAGGCUUACCAAACUUCCAUCGCAUUUGUUUUCCGGUUUGAAUCAAUUGAAGAUACUAGAGCUGGACGAUAAUGAAAUUGAUACAAUACCGCGUGGUUUCUUUGCAGAUCUCGCGUCGUUGCAGUAUCUCGAUCUUUCCGAAAAUCCUAUAACACGUUUAUCAAAUAUCGCGUUCCAAAGCCUGUCAAAUUUAAGAUGGCUUAGCUUAAAAAAUCUACCGGUUACGGUACUUCCACAAGAUGUAUGGCGACCGCUAAGAAAGCUACGCACUCUGUUGCUUUCCGGAACGAAACUAGAAGUUCUUCGCAACGAAGACUUGAAGGGAUUAGAGAAACUUGAGACAUUGGAAAUAAAUAACAGUCCACUGCGCGAGAUCUCUCGAUCUACCUUGGAUCGUACACCGGCUCUUCGUAAAAUCGAUCUACACGACAGUAAUCUGACCUUUCUUCCGGCAAAUGUGGCGCAGCUGUCGUUUCUAAAUGAAUUACAGCUGCAAGGGAACCCGUGGGCUUGCGAUUGCCGUAUGUUCUGGUUUGUAAAAUGGGCUGAAAGCAAAGAACAUUUACGGACCGCUUUUCAAAGUGGAUUCCGGUGCGGCGAUGAGAUCGAUGGUACCGGCGAUAUCCUUCAAACUCUUCGUUAUUUGAAAUGCACACCACCGAAUUUGACAUACUCUACGCCCACGGAACAGUAUCUGUUGUUUCAUUCCGUACUACUCGAAUGCGAAUUCAGUGGCAAUCCUACGCCAUCGUUAACAUGGGUUACUCCGAGACUUCAAGUACUGCAUUGGAAUCCGGAUCCAGCAUUUCCCGAUAAUUUUGUCGAACAUCCUUCUACGCACGGAUGGGAACAAAGUGUACCGUUCGUUGAUGAUGGUCGUAUACGUAUUCUCGAGAAUGGAUCUUUAUAUAUCACGACGUUGCUCAGGCAGGAUGUUGGACAAUACAAGUGUUUCGCGGUGAAUCCAAUUGCCAAUGCUACUUCCUAUGUUAGUUUGCAGAUGAAUCCAAUAACAUUAAACAAAGUCAGGAUCAUCAGCAUUUUGGUAGGAGCUGUUACUGCCACGACUUUUCUUCUUUUAACGCUCUUCUUGCAACUGUUGCGUUAUCUCUUGAUCAAGUGUGGCUGUUUAAAAUGGUGUAUGUGUUGUAGACACGUUGGUUCUACUCCUAGAGCAAAACAAAUUUAUCAAAUGUUGGAUAAUAUCGAACAAUACAAGAGUCAACAACUUGAGAGAUUACGCGAGAAUUACACUCAACAAGUACAUAGAAUAAAAGAGAAUUGUGCUCAACAAGUAGAAUGGAUUCGCGAUAGUUACGAAGGUCAAAUGAGGCACAUUAGAGAUAUAAGGGAUUAUGGAACGAGCCAUCUUACGGCUCUCAGAGAUCAGUAUUAUGAUCAGGUGCGGAAAGUACGAGAUUACUCAACCAGUCAGCUCAAUUGGGUGCGAGAAAAUUAUGUCUUCCAACGUAACAAGAUAAGAAAGUUCAGUGCCCACCAGGUGCUACGACUGCGUGAGAGUUAUAAGUACCAACAACAAACGCUAAACAAAGUAUUGGAGAAUCUACCGAAUUUCUAUUUUGAUAAUUGUCGAAGCGGUUCUUGUGGAAAAAGCGAUUCGAUGGUGUUUGAUCCGAAAGAAGACGGAUCCGUCCGAAUGGACACAUACUUCAAAGCAAAAAUUAACAACCUAGAGAACAGUACAAGCAUGGAAGAUGUUAAUAGCGAGUAUUAUACACCAACGGAACUUUCGUCGACCAGUCCUCAUGGAAUUAUGGAAGGUAUCCAUAUCAAUUACAUCGAGGAAACAGGGCCGCCUAUUCGAUUUGAUCCAUUAUCUAAUGGAAUAGCAGCACCACAUUCGAUAAUACUUCACAGUAUCGAAGAAGAUGGAAGCUCUUCAUCAGUAUAUAAAGAUGCAGACCAUAUUAAGCCAGUUUUUAAAGGCUUCAGCACCGAAAUUUUAGCCAAAGAGCCUAAUAAAAUUCCAGAAUGUUUUGGUCUCCUUGCACCCACCUCCAGUAUGCCUGAUCUACCACGUGAAACCAAACUUUAGACAACUUUGACGACAUGUGUUACGAAAGAGUACUAACCUCUCUUUAUAAUAGCAAGAUUAUAAUUAAGACGAGAAUGUACUGCCACUGGAUUAUUAUGUGAGAAAAAUUUAUAGAAGUGCCUCUACAUCGGUAAGUGAGAAUGCAUUCGCAAGAACGAACGGUGGUAUUUUUCUCUAUCGUGGGACUUCUUAAAAUUUAUUUAUUUAUUUAUUUUUUUUUCUUUUGUUUUUUGCUUUUUUUUUUUUUAUAAAAUAACAAACAAUAUACCUCUAUAAACGAUAAGAGAAGAACGCCGAGAAUAGGAAUGUCCCUUUAUUGACAUCGAUCAAACUGAUGGUUGUGUAUGCGUGAGUGUUGUUUAAGGAGGACAUUAGAAAAAAAAAUCGCGGACAGUUUCCAAGGAUUUUUCUGUGAUUCGGUCGAUGACCUUGCAACCUGUCCGCCCUUAUACUUUGUGCUUUUUAUCAUUGUCGUUAUCAUCGCUCAGUAUCAACGAUAAUGAACGUCGAUUUUUAGAUGAAGAAAACGCUGGAAAGAAAUGCAAGAUAUAGAGUGUUACUGCCAAUUCUUCCGUAAGCCAAUUUCAACUAAAACAAAAAACUUGCAAAACCAUAAACCAAAACAAAAUAAAAAAAAAAAAAAAGAGAGAGAAAAGAAAAAAGAAAGAAACAACGCGUAUAAUGAAUCCACAAUAAUUUU